GAGAGAGCCGAGCAACAGUUGUUUGGUCUUGAGGAAAGUCGUUUAGUUUAUCGACAUGGAGAACCAACGAGAGUUUGGGAGAGCUGUGCCGGUGCAGAUCAGUGUUCUGUCGGGAAAUAAUUUGAGGGGCAGUAGGACUGAUUCGUGUCUCAGUUUCGUUCGAGCGGAGUUUAAUGGAUGCGUGUUGGGAGACUCACAGAAACUGGACACUCCCGAGGGCAAAAACGCGGUUUACAACUUCACCUGUAGUUUCGAGUGCUCAGAAGUGGCACAUGCUCUGGACGAUGUGGCACACAAGCCUGUUAUACUAACUGUGUUCGAGAUCCUGCCAAAAGAGAAAAAGCAAAAAGAGGAGAAAACCACAGCACUAGGACAAGCCGUCGUGGAUCUGCUGCCGCUCCUGCGAGGUCAGUGCAGCUUCACAUCCGCCGUGCUUCUUCACGCCGUGCCCGGAUCACCGGCAGACGUUGCCGUACAUGAGGAUGGCUUAAAGUCCACACUGGAUGUGACGGUGCAUGUUCCCGAGCCGUUGCUCUCCGAUGCCCAGCGCUCUGACUCUAAUGUGUUAAUGGUCACUGUGGAGACGGCUUAUUCUGUUCCUGACGUCUGGAGUCCUGCCUCCACGCCUCCGUCUCAAUACAUAGCUGCCCUGCAGAUGCCCGUCUCUGCCACGAAAGAGCAAGUCUUGUUAUUCUCCAAUGGCGUAUUAAAAAUGGGUGGUGAGAAGGAGCCAGUGCCGAGACCCAAAAAAUGGCCCUUGGGGUCUCUUCUCGCACCAGGAGCCGAAGUCAUUCAGGGCCUUUAUAUUGAUGCAGAGCCCACAGACAUGGAUCACGGAGACCUUACUGACAUAGAGGACAGGGACUUCAGAGCAGAUGCUGAGUGUAACCAGAAAAGAGUGAGCUGGGAUACAGCACGUCGUUGCUUUAUUGAUGCGGGGGGUGUGGCCUGUCUUUCCCGCAGGAUUGCAGAAUGUAGAUUGUGGCCUGUUGAGAUCACGAAAGCCGUACAGACGGCGCCAACCAAAGGCGGGAAGACGAGGCAGGGGGAGGACGAGGUACAGAUCUCAUUCCACGGAGUGGCUUACGUGGAUCUGGUGCCGUUGUUGUACCCUGGAGUGCAGCGUAUACACGGCGUGUACAGAAUACACCCGUUUUAUGAGUCCGAUCUGCUGAAUAAAACUCAGAGGACCUACAGUGUUUUGAAGGAGAGCGGCAGAGCUCCGGCAACCCUGGGACGAAACCGAGCCAAUUCCUCCGUCAACUCUUUAAAGGCUUUUCAGAGUAGAACCUCGGAGAACCAAAGAGGAAACAAUGACGUUUCCAAAAAGCCGGAUUCCCAGGGGAAAUGUGCUCAGACUGAAAGCGCGUCUGGACUCGAGCCUCAGGUGAACACAGAGGGACAGAUGUAUGCCGAUUCGAGAUCGUACAUCAUUAUUGAAAUUGCUGUGGAAAAGCCACUGUCUCCGAAGAGGCCGACGGAGGAGCUGGCCAAACGGGUGAUGGAGCUGGUUCCUCCCAGACCUCCACUGCCUCGGCGGCCAGCGGGAGCAGAAAGAGCGGUGCAGGAGUAUCGCUCUCAGAUAGCGAGCGUGGCGGCUCAGGUGUUGGAUCAGUACCAGCAGCUGUUCGGGGCCGUGUUUCUGGCCGGUGGGAAACCUCUGGACCCGGUCCUGCAGGAACGACGCAAAAACCAGCUGCUCGGAGAGCUCAACUACUCUGGGAAGUACUUUGCCUUCAAGGAACAGAUGAAGUACUCUGUGGUGCGGAUCGUCAGAGAGAAGAUGUUGAGGACCGAGGCGUUCUCAGACCCCGAGCAGCUGCAAGCGUUCCUGAGUCAGCUGUAUGUGUUCCUGGUGGACGAGAUGCAUGCUGCUCUUAAUAAGACCCUGUCGGUGGACUCUCGUGAUGCUCAUCAGAAGCCUGUGCUGAGCUGUGCUCAACUCAAACACUUCGCCAGAGAGGCCGAGCUCGACGCAGACUACCAGCUGGCGGCACGCUACUAUCAGGAGUGUUUGAUUCGGGAGCGCAGCGAGCCGUCCCACUGGUGUGAUUAUGGAGCGUUUCACAUGCUGACCGCCGACCACCUGAAGGCCGAGGAGUGCUUUCAACAGGCCUUGUCCAUCGAGCAGACGCACGCACCGAGUUUGCUCAUGUGCGGCGUGCUGUCGGAGAUGAACGGACGCUAUGAGGACGCCGAGACCUUCUUUGAGAGGGCCACGCGUGUGGAGCCCAACAACGUGGUGGCCUGGGCUUUGUUUGGUAUAUUCUGCCAGACUCGGGAGAAGCUCAUAGAGGCGGAAAUGGCUUUUCGGGAAGCCGGUAAGCGGCUUAUUUCGAUCCAUCAGAACAAGUUACCGUCUAGGCCGGAAAGGACUUCAGAGUCUGGUCGGAAGAAGGAGCAGAAAGACGAGAGCGGCGAGACUCCAGCUGGGAACACGGAGGAGACAGGUGGGCGUGCGGACGAAGCCAAUGCUGUACGUGAAGAAAACCCGCCACAGAGCAGCCAGGAGAGCGAACAGGAAGUACAGCAGAUAAUUCCCCCAACCACUAUCUACAUGGAGACCGCGUGGUUUCUCCUGCAGAACUACGCAGUACAGAUGGCCCAGCGUGCCCUGGCUCUAGAGCUGCUGUCUCCCGACAGAGGCACGGUCAGCUCGUAUCAUCUCGCUCUGGCCAAACUCCACCUGCUGAGAGGAGAUCACGACAGCGCUGAGGCCAGCCUGAAGGAGGCGCUGGCCGACGACUUCCAGGAUCCGGACACGUGGGCCCUGUGGGGUCACCUGCAUCACGAGAAGGGCGAUUCCGCUCAGGCCCAGAGCUGCUACGAACGGACUCUGGAUUCAGUGCUGGACGCCUCGGACACACACUCUGUCUACCUUCGCUUGGGCUCCAUCUAUCUGCAGAAAGGAGAACACGAAAAAGCCAAAGCUGUGUUCCUGCGGGCCUGCAAACGCUCUCCGUCGUGCCUGACUUGGCUAAGGCUGGGAAUCGCCUGCUAUAGACUGGAGGAGCUGACUGAGGCCGAAGAGGCGCUGACUGAAGCCAACGCUCUGAAUAACAGGAACCCAGAGGUGUGGGGUUACCUGUCUCUGGUCUGUUUACAGACCGGCAGGAAGCUAGAGGCGGAGCAGUCGUUUAAAUAUGCCGUAAAGAUGAAUUUACAAGAGGAGACGCUUCUAGAAGAGAUUCACAAACUGCAGUCACGUGUUGGGUUUGGAAACCCUUCCUUCUGAUCCGUCUUAUCCACAUCAAUGCCGUCUUGAACUAUCGUUUAAUCCCAAUGAUAAAAAAGGUGUAAAUAAAAUAAUAAAUCA